AUGAUACUAUCCCCUUUGCCGACUCUCCUCAUGAUGUCUGCGGCACUCCUAGUGCACGCGGACUCUACGAGCCUCUCGACAAUCAGAUCCACGAGCACGAGCACGAGCACGAGCACGAGGACCCUACACGUCCAAUCGGCUUCUCCGGUACAGCAGCACCAGCAGCAGCAGCAGAACCAGCCCCCCUUCCCCAGCAAUGAUUCCACUUCACCCCCAGAAACACCACCAACAACCACCGUCACCACAACCAUCCCACCCCCAACCACCUCCACAGUCACCAUCAUCCUAACCAUCACCCCUCCUCAGACUCCUCAGACGACGACAUCGACGCCGCCACCGCCUCCUCCCACCACCACCAGCGAACCCUCCUCGUCCUCCUGCCGCACAGCAACAAAGACAACCACGCUCCCCAACCCCACCCCCACCGUCUACAUCACCUUCACGCCCUCCACCACGAGCUUCGCCGCCGCCACCGCCACCGCCACCGCACCGACCGGUUCCCCCACCAUCAUCGACACCUCCUCGACCUUGACCCUCCAGCCGCAGCCGCCGCCACCGCCGCCACAAAGCACGACCACGUCGACGACGAUCGAGACGGCCACCGCGACGCUGAGCCCGAAUGCGAACCCGAGCACGAGCACGAGUACGGUGUAUACGCCUGAUGUAUCGGGGGGAGCGGGGGCGGGGGCUACUUCUGCUACUGCUAAUGGUACGGCGGUGGGGACGGGGGCGGCGAGUGGGACGGCGGAGGUGAGCGGGGUGCAGACGGGUGGGGUGGGGGGAAUGGGACGACGGGGGGGAGGAGGAGGAGGGGGGGGUUUGGCGGUGGUGGUGGGGGUGGUGGUUGUGGGGUUGGGGUUGUUGGGGGAGAUUGUUUAG